AUGUCCAUAUCAAAACCCUGGAAUCAUCACUUUGGUUCUCAUCCGUUCCCGAAGCAGAACCUGAAUUUACAUCUCUAUCGGGACGCUCUUUCCUCUUCUCUUCUUCCUCCAGUAGCUCUCUCGCUGUCGGACUAUUCUCAUUACCAUCCGUCGUAUUCCCAUUCGCAUCCCCAUUCGCAUCCCCAUUCGCAUCCCCAUUCGCAUUCCCAUUCUCACUCUCACUUACAUCCCAUCAUGUCCAACAUGAAUGCCCUCUCCGCCGAUGAGAUGGAGCGUUUCCAAAAGCUCUCAAAUUCCUACGAACCCGAUGUUCAGGGUCCACUGGUCUCACGCAAGGAGCCUACCCAGAGUGUUGCGUUGGAGUAUGCCAAUGCAGACCAUGCGCUUUCGUCAAAGACUAAUGCGCUGGCCAUCACCCACCCAGAGUAUCGGAUCAUGAAAGGUGAUGGCAAUUGUGGUUGGCGAGCGGUGGCUUUUGGCUAUUUUGAAACGUUGUUUGCGUUGCGGGACCCUAUGCGCAUUCAACGGGAGAUCACUCGCUUCAAGUCGCUUGAGAUCCUUUUGAAGCAGGUUGGGCAUUCGGAGCAUCUUUAUGAGAUCUUUACCGAUGCGACGGAGGAUCUCUUUACUCAGACGAUUAAUGCGAUUCAAAACGGCGCGGGCGAUGAGUCUUUCCUUGCCGAGGCUUUCAAUAAUGAGUUUGCGUCUAGUGCUGUGAUUACUCAUUUCAGACUUUUGACCAGCUCUUGGAUGCGACUGAACCCGCAUCGAUACCAGGCUUUCUUGUCUGUGCCGCUGGAGCAGUAUUGUGCCUCGCAAAUAGAUCCAUUGAAGACGGAGAUUGAUGAGAUUGGUCUUCAGGCACUGGUCGACGGAGUCAUUGAAGGUGCCGGGUUUGGCGUGGAAAUUCUCUACCUCGACCGAAGUGAAGGCGAUGCUGUUACACCUCACCAGUUGUCCCCUCACAGCCCAAGUGGUGCGACAAUUCGUCUGCUCUACCGACCCGGCCACUACGACCUUCUCUACCCAGCCGACCCCAAUGUGAAUAUGGAACCGAUUGUCAACUACCAAUACGCCAUGACCUCUGAUUACGCCAAUUGGAGCGAAGGUCCCCUUGGAUUCGACGUCGAUUCCUCUCUCAUGGCCAUCCCAAAUCUCAUGGCCGAUCCAUCCUUCGCGAUGGCCACGCCCAUGUCGCCCAUGCCAUCAGUUUCACCAACUCCCACCAGCCCAUUCCGAAUGUCCCCCCAACAGGAAAUGUACCAGUCGCCCAUGCAGACCCAUGCGCCAAUCCCAUCUCUUCCGGUCUCCUCGCCGCCGCCACCAAUACCACCCCCUUCUGCUGCACCACCCCCGAUGACUGCUUUGCCUAGCAGAUCAUCCGACGGCCCGCAAAUCAGACUCAACCCCUUGGUUAUGAAACCGAAUUUGAGUCGAUCGCUGCCUGUCACUACGCCUUUUAAAAAGUGA